AUGAAACUUUAUAUAGUGUUUUUGGUAAUUUGUGCGGUUGUCUCUCAAAAGGAGAACACAGAAUUGUCCAAGGAGGACUAGACCCUUUUGGAUAGUAUGGUUAAGGACAAAUUCGGAAUGAACGUCUUAAAUGAUAUACAGAGCGAGUACAGAAAAGAUUCUGAAAAGACGGAGUAAUUGUUGAGGAUUGAAAGUUUACUGAACACCAUCGAAAGAUAGAUAGCCUAGGACGAGUAGGACGAUCUAGAAUAAUUGACUAAGGACCAAGAACUAUACAAUUAAUAAUAAGAGAGUUUGAAAGAGAAGAUAGCAGAAGCCCAAUAUGAUCAUAGUAGCAUCGGUGCAACGAUCAGAUUGUUGGAGGAUGAAUCCAACAGAUAUGAUACUAGAAUAAAUGAGAAAGAGAAUAUCGUGAAUGAAUAUGAAUCAACUCUAAUUUAAUUGGAGGAGAUCAGAUAACAUGAAAGUGCCUAUUUCGAAAUUACCAGAGAUGACUCAUUUGCCAUAUGCAGUUUAAUCAAGAGAGCCAGAUAUUUGAUUAGGGAAUUAUUACCUAGAAGUCCAAGGAAUGUUGCAUUUGUUCAGCAAUACACUUAUGAAGAUAAUUCUCAUCAAUUCUCUAGUGCUGAUGUCUUGUAAUAAAUGAGAGAUCUCUAAGUUGAGGCUUAAGAGACUCUCCAAAACAAUGAACCAUUUCUGAAGAUCAUAAAUGAAUUUGUAAGUGUUUCUACUCAAACUGAAGCAGUUAUUGACACUACUAGAGCAAAUGCCAUCAUUAAUUUAUUCUAAUAAUUAUACGAUCAAGUAGACAGUACUAGUAGAGUGUAAUUAACUGCUGAAGAUGAUAGAGAAAACCUCCAUUAAAGAGUUAAGGAUCAAAUCAAUGGAGAAUUGGACUAUUUACACUUAUAACUCUCCAUUCUCUACGAUGAAUAGGAUGGUGUAGAAGCCCACAUUGUCGCAGCUCAGAUGGAUCAGAAGGAUGGCGAAUAGAGAUUGGCCAAUCUGAAAUAGUCUUACUAGGAUUUAUAAAAGUGCAAGGAGGAUUCAAAGGUUAAUUACGGAGUCAGAUCGAAGGAGAGGAAGGAACAAUUGAAGUUAUUAAGAAAAGCCAGGGAUGUGCUAUUGAAUGAGUUCGAUGCUGUGAGAUGCUAUCUUGAGGGUAUUCUUAGUCGAAGUUUGAGUCAGGAAUGAUAUUGUUAUGAUUAAUCUAAAUAUUACACAAAAGUCC